AUCUAAUCAUGCGAAAGGCUUUUUAUAGAAAUCUAACAAAUCAAUGUGAUAUGGAUCUCCCAUCAAAUGAUGUCGAUAAAAACUUAUGCGCGCGCAUUUUAUAGUGCGAAUUGACAAUGCUUUAAUAGGAGGAAUAGAUACUUUGUAGCCUUCCGACUACUUGUCCCAAUUUAUUCUCCCCCCUCUAUGUGUGAAUAUGGAUAAUAAUUCUCGAUAAGACUCCUGACUUGGCAGUUCUGACCACUCUUUAUUAAUAGUGGAAAUUUCCAUCCAAUAGUGUUGCAUGACAAGUGUAUGAGUAAGGAUCGCUCACGUGUGAAAAUAACGUUUUUCUUUUUGCAAUAAUCAUAAAUAUGCAUUAAUGUGAAGAACGAUUGAUAACAUAAGUGUCUUUUUUCCUUGGCGAGAAAAACGUAUUCCAUCGACAGAUAAAAUAGAUACUUGCGGAUAUAUGUCAAGUGCUAAUGUUUCGCAUGUGAAACGUACUAUAUCAAGCAUCAAGCUUUGCAAAAAAAUUAAUUUCGACGAAUGAUAAGGAGCUUAUUGUAAAUUCUCAUCUUAUCACAAGAAAAGACAAGAAUUAAGUCACAUUCAACAAGAUAACAUCAGUUAUAUAAACCAAAGCAAUUCCAUCUUUUCUUAUUAUUUCAACUCUCAAAGUAAUAGUGUCAUUAAGUUAAAAAAUAUUUAUCGCAAUUGUGGAUUGUAAUAUGAUUACAUUUAUUAUAAAUGCAUUGUUGAAGAUCUUUGUAUUAACUUCAAUAUUAUAUUAAACCUUAAAAAAUAUCAGUAUUUCUUCAAAGUAUUAUUACAUAAAAGAAUUUCAUAUCAAAUAAAGUCUUGAAAAGGCCUAGAAAAAAAUCAUGAGUCAAAAUAAGAAUCGCAUUAAUUUGAAUGAAGUGAGUGACAAGUUUACGGAAGAGGUGCUUACAGACAUUCUCUGUAAGGCAUAUAAUGGGAAAAAAGUGCAACUGACAGAUUGGACCUUUGGUGAAGGAUUUGCUAAAGGUGAUAGUUAUUUAUCUACUGUCAAUAAGGGUAAACUAUAUGGUAUUAUAGAUGGUGACCCACAGCAAAAUGUACAAGUUAAUUUUGUUGUGAAGUCAAUUCCAAAGAACAUUGGUAGAAGAAAGACUUUUAGAAGUGCAGAGUUCUUCCAUAAUGAAAUCUUAUUUUAUACACAGAUUGUUCCCAAAUUUGAAAAAUUUCUAGCAGACAAAGGGCAAAGUAAUCUAUUGUGCAUACCACGUCACUUGGUUUCUUACACCGAUGGCAAAAAUGAUUUUGUUGUCUUAGAGGAUGUCUCUCCCCUAGGAUUUGGACCUGCAUCCAGACAAAACUGCAUAGAUUGGAUAGAAUGUAUAGUGAUCUUAAAAACAUUAGCGAAAUUUCAUGCAAUUUCGUUUGCAUAUAAAGACCAGAAGAAAGAAGAAUUUACAAAACUUGCAAGUGUUUUAAAUGAAACCUACUUUGGUAAUCAUAACUGGAACUGGUACCAAAAAUUUCAUAAACAGCUAGUGGAUAUAGCUAAAGAUGCGUUAGCUAUUGAAUAUCCAAACAGUAAAGCUGAGAAGCAAUUCAAUUCCUAUGAAUUUGGUAAAUUAUUCCAAAAGUGCACAGAAUGCAGUGAGAGAAGAGACGCUCCUACGUCUGUUAUCUCCGCGGGUGAUUGUUGGGCUCCAAACUUUCUCGUUCGAGAUAUUGGGCAAAAUCGAAAGGAAGCAUUAAUGUUAGACUUUCAACUUGCGCGUUGCGGUAAUCCUAUCAUGGAUUUAUCAUUCUUAGUUUAUUCGUGCACCCUAAAGUCAUUUCGCGAUCAGUAUUUCGAUGAUAUAUUAAAAACUUAUCAUUCCGAAUUGAGCAAUGCUAUUAAAUCUCUCGGAUCUGAUCCAGAAAAAAUUUAUCCAUGGGAUUUAUUUAUGAAAGAGUUGAAGGAUUACUUUAUUGUUGGACUAGUAUUUGCACUUGAAGCAAUUCCAUUUUGUCUGUUGGAUCCAUCUCAAGCAUUCGAUUUAGAUGCCAUUAUUAAGAAUGAUGAAGCAGUGGAUAUUUCUGAUGUAUGGAAAUUGUCUAAUAUUAAAACAUCAAGUGGAAGACAAAGAUUGGCAGAUACAAUAGUUCAUGCUGUUGAGAAUGGAUAUAUAUGAUAGAUUUAUAUAUGAUAAAUUUUUAUGCAUUGUUAUAGAGAGAAUUAUAUAAACAGCAUGAAUAUAUAUGCAUUAUUUUAAUGAAACAAUAACACAUUAUUGGAAAAGUAUUAAUUCUAUUUUGAUAAUACUAAUAAUUUUGUAAUAUAGUAAUUAUUCUAAGUUAUUCGAAAUAUAUACAUAUAUUUUAUUAACAAACUAUUUCAACUUUUUUAACAUUACCUUUAUAUUUGUCCAAUAGAGAUGUAGCUCGAAAUAAUAUUUACACUUAUUUGGAAUAAAGUUUUGUACACAAUUUUUAUUAAUGUGUAGUAUUAAA